UUGUAUUAUUAUUUUUUAUUUAUAUUCAUUUUUUAAUUUUAUUUUUUGUUUAUUUUUUGUUUAUUAUAAAAACCCAGUGGUAGUGACCAAUUGUGAUAUUUUCAAGUGAUAUUUUUAUUUUUCUAAUCUUCUUGUGAUUGUACUUUAUCGUAAAUAAUUAAAUGUCAAUAAAUGGUAAUAUGUUGGCAUUGCUGCUUGUGAUGUCAUUCAUCGCAGUUAAUUUGACAAAUUGUCAAUCUGAUUUGUAUGAUUAUAUACAAAAAAGACACGAAAAUCCAGCUGAGUCUAAAUCUGCUUCUAUGUAUUAUUGUGGUCAAAAAUUGUCAAGUGCACUUCAACUAUUAUGUAACGGAAUUUACAAUGUCAUGCUUAAAAAAAAUAAUCAAGAAUUGGAUAUGGAUAACUUUGCUUACUUCUAUAAUUGGCCUCUAAGUCCAAGAGCAAGUGCAAAUUCAAUGAUGGGAAUAGGUCGUUUCGGAGGUGAAAGAUUUCGUCGUCAAUCACGUGGUAUUCAUGAUGAGUGUUGUUUGAGAUCUUGUUCGAUAAAUGAAUUAAAAAGUUAUUGUGGAGAACCAAGUGCAUAAAUAACAAAAUAAACAAUAAUAAUAAUAACAUUCCAAUUAUAAAGAAAAAGAAAUCAAA